GAGUGACUGACUGAGCCGCCAUCCGGGCACCUCCUCGCUCGGCAGGGAGGGGGAGCGGCCGGGAGGAGCGAGCCAGGCAGGGAGGGGGCGCUGGGCUCUCUCCCUACCCCGCCCCGAGCCCUCCUCCCUGCGGCCUGCUGCGGCGGCGGCCCGGCCCGGGCAUGGGGCAGCGGGGGCCGCCGCCGGCCGAGCACUGAGCGGCGCUGUUGCUCGGCCGAGUUUUCCCAGGCGCUCCGCGCGGAGUCUCUGUUGGCUGCUGCCCGAGGCCGGGAGCGCAGGAUCCGGGCGGCCCCGGCGGGCGGCGCGGGGCUGGAGCUGUGACCGCCGAGCCGGCUACCAUGGCGGAGAACUUACUGGACGGGCCGCCCAACCCCAAGCGAGCCAAGCUCAACUCGCCGGGCUUCUCCGCCAGCGACAGCACAGAUUUUGGAUCUCUGUUUGACUUGGAAAAUGAUCUUCCUGAUGAGCUGAUUCCCAAUGGAGAGUUAAGCCUUCUAAACAGCAGUGGGAAUCUUGUUCCUGAUGCAGCUUCCAAACACAAACAACUUUCUGAACUUCUAAGGGGAAAUGGUAGCUCUACCCUAAAUCCUGGAAUUGGAAAUGUGAACUCAAAUAGCCCUGUCCAGCAAGGAGUUGGUAGCCAAGUCCAAGGGCAGCCGAAUAGUGCUAACAUUAGUAAUCUGGGUGCUCUGGGUAAGAGCCCUUUAAACCAGGGAGACUCUUCUGCUUCAAGCCUGGCAAAGCAGGCAGCCAGCACCUCUGGACCUACCACACCUGCAUCACAAGCACUGAACUCUCAAGCACAAAAACAAGUGGGGAUGGUGACAAGCAGCCCUGCAACAUCACAGACUGGACCUGGGAUAUGUAUGAAUGCUAAUUUCAGUCAGACUCACCAGGGCCUUCUCAACAGUAACUCUGGCCACAAUUUAAUGAAUCAGCCUCAGCAAGGACAAGGGCAGGUAAUGAAUGGAUCUCUUGGGGCAGCUGGAAGAGGAAGGGGAGCAGGAAUGCAAUAUUCUGCUCCUUCCAUGCAAGGGAAUGCAGGCAGUGUGCUGGCAGAGACUUUAACCCAAGUAUCACCACAGAUGGCUGGUCACACAGGCCUGAACACAGCACAGACAGGAGCAAUGGCAAAAAUGGGAAUGACAGGUAACACUAGUCCCUUUGGGCAGCCCUUUAGUCAAGCUGGAGGGCAGCAGCUGGGAGCUACAGGCGUGAACCCUCAGUUACCAAACAAGCCAGGCAUGGCAAAUAAUUUGCCUCCCUUUCCUACUGACAUCAAGAGUACUUCAGUUACCAGUGUGCCAAAUAUGUCACAGAUGCAAACCCAGGUACAGCAGGUGGGCAUUGUACCAACACAAGCAAUGGCGGCUGGACCAACAGCAGAUCCUGAGAAACGCAAACUGAUACAGCAGCAACUGGUUCUACUGCUUCAUGCCCACAAAUGUCAGAGACGAGAGCAAGCAAAUGGAGAGGUGCGAGCCUGUGCUCUCCCACACUGUCGAACCAUGAAGAAUGUCCUCAAUCACAUGACACAUUGUCAAGCUGGGAAAGCCUGUCAAGUUGCUCAUUGUGCAUCUUCACGACAAAUCAUCUCUCACUGGAAGAAUUGUACUCGGCAUGAUUGUCCUGUGUGUCUCCCUUUGAAAAAUGCCAGUGACAAAAGAAACCAACAACCCCUUCUAGGGUCUCCAGCUGGUGGAAUCCAGAAUUCUAUUGGCUCUGUUGGAACAGGCCAACAGACUACUCCUUCAUUAAGUAAUCCUAAUCCGAUUGACCCCAGCUCCAUGCAGCGAGCCUAUGCUGCUCUUGGACUGCCAUAUGGCAACCAGCCACAGACACAGUUGCAGCCACAGGUACAAGGCCAACAACCAGCACAGCCUCAAGCUCACCAGCAAAUGAGGACCAUAAAUCCAUUAGGAGCUAACCAGAUGAACCUUUCUGCAGGAGGGAUAACAGACCAGCAAGCUAGUCUAAUCUCAGAAACUGCUCUUCCAACAUCCCUGGGGACAACGAAUCCACUAAUGAAUGAUGGCACAAAUUCUGGCAAUGUUGGAAACCUCAGCUCGUUGCCAACAGCUGCACCUCCUUCCAGUACGGGGGUAAGGAAAGCAUGGCAUGAACAUGUCACUCAAGACCUACGCAAUCACUUAGUCCAUAAACUCGUCCAAGCCAUCUUUCCCACUCCUGACCCAGCAGCACUGAAGGAUCGCCGCAUGGAGAAUUUGGUGGCUUAUGCCAGGAAAGUGGAAGGGGAUAUGUAUGAAUCUGCUAACAGUAGGGAUGAAUACUAUCAUUUAUUAGCAGAGAAAAUCUAUAAGAUACAAAAGGAACUAGAAGAGAAACGGAGGUCUCGUUUACAUAAACAAGGGAUCUUGGGUAACCAGCCAGCCUUACAGACCCCAGGGGCUCAGCCACCUGGUAUCCCACAGGUGGCUGCUGCCAUGGGCCAGGCACAGCCCGUGAGACCUCCCAAUGGGCCUAUGUCCAUGCCAAAUGUGCCUAUGAGUCGUAUGCAGGUCUCUCAAGGAAUGAAUCAGUUUAACCCCAUGUCCCUAGGGAAUGUACAGAUGCCACAGGCACCCAUGGGACCCCGUGCAGCUUCUCCAAUGAACCAUCCUGUACAAAUGAACAACAUGAGCUCUGUUCCAGCGAUGGCAAUGUCUCCUUCCCGAAUGCCUCAGCCACAAAACAUGAUGGGAGCACAUUCCAGUACUAUGAUGGGUCAGGCUCCUACCCAAAACCAGUUCCUCCCUCAGAAUCAGUUCCCAUCAUCAAGUGGGGCUCUGAAUGUGAACAAUGUAAGCAUGGGUCAAUCGACAACCCAGACAGGAGUUUCACAGCAGGGGCAGGUUCCCAGUGCUGCUAUUCCGAACUCCAUGAAUAUGCUAGGACCACAGAAUGGUCAGCUAUCAUGUCCACCAGCGACCCAGCCACCUCUACAUCAGACUGCACCUCCUGUAUCCAAUGCAGCUGGCAAGCCACCUAUCCAACACCAAACCCCACCUGGAAUGACUCCUCCUCAGCCAGCAGCACCUACUCAGCCAUCCACACCAGUCUCCUCUUCAGGACAGACUCCUACACCAACACCUGGCUCUGUUCCAAAUGCAACACAGACACAGAGUACACCUACAGGACAAACUGCAGCACAGGCUCAAGUUACACCACAACCUCAGACUCCAGUACAACCCCAGUCUGUGCCAACCCCACAACCAUCUCAGCAACAGCCAACAUCUGUGCAGGCACAGCCUCCUGGCACUCCAUUAUCCCAGGCAGCAGCUAGUAUUGAUAACAGAGUGCCCACCCCCGGCUCAGUUGCCAGUGCCGAUAUCAACUCCCAGCAACUGGGACCUGAGGCACCAAUGCUAGAAAGCAAACCAGAGAUUAAAAAUGAAGAAAUUGAGCCAGAGCCUUGUGAAACACAAGUGGAACCUAAGACUGAGCUGGAGGAGGAUUUACAAGGAUCUUGCCAAGUGAAAGAAGAAAUAGAUGUGGCAGAGUCGAAACAGGAGCCAAUGGAGGUAGAAGAAAAGAAACUUGAUAUCAAGGUAGAACCUAAAGAGGAAGAGGACAGUGGCACUAAUGGCACCACUUCACAAUCUACAUCACCAUCUCAGCCCCGUAAAAAGAUCUUUAAACCUGAAGAGCUGCGCCAGGCUCUCAUGCCUACCCUUGAAGCAUUGUACCGGCAGGACCCAGAGUCCCUUCCUUUCAGACAGCCUGUGGAUCCUCAGCUCCUAGGGAUUCCAGACUACUUUGACAUUGUGAAGAAUCCUAUGGACCUUUCCACCAUUAAACGUAAAUUGGAUACUGGGCAAUACCAAGAGCCGUGGCAGUAUGUGGAUGACGUUUGGCUAAUGUUUAACAAUGCCUGGCUUUACAAUCGCAAGACUUCCAGGGUCUAUAAGUUUUGCACUAAACUCGCAGAGGUCUUUGAACAAGAGAUUGACCCUGUCAUGCAGUCACUUGGAUACUGUUGUGGACGCAAGUAUGAGUUUUCUCCGCAGACCUUGUGCUGCUACGGGAAGCAGCUGUGUACUAUUCCCCGUGAUGCUGCCUAUUACAGUUACCAGAAUAGGUAUCACUUCUGUGAGAAGUGUUUCACUGAAAUCCAGGGGGAGAAUGUUACCCUGGGUGAUGACCCUUCACAGCCUCAAACAACAAUCUCAAAAGAUCAGUUUGAAAAGAAGAAAAAUGAUACACUAGAUCCAGAGCCCUUUGUUGAUUGCAAAGAAUGUGGUCGGAAGAUGCACCAGAUUUGUGUGCUACAUUAUGAUAUUAUUUGGCCUUCAGGCUUUGUCUGUGACAAUUGUCUGAAGAAAACUGGUAGAACACGUAAAGAGAACAAAUUCAGUGCUAAGAGGCUUCAGACUACUCGUUUAGGAAAUCAUUUGGAAGAUCGAGUAAACAAGUUUUUGCGGCGACAGAAUCAUCCUGAAGCUGGGGAAGUUUUUGUCAGAGUGGUAGCCAGUUCAGAUAAGACAGUAGAAGUAAAACCAGGAAUGAAAUCCAGGUUUGUGGAUUCUGGUGAAAUGUCAGAGUCCUUCCCUUACCGAACCAAAGCUCUGUUUGCUUUCGAGGAGAUAGAUGGAGUGGAUGUGUGCUUCUUUGGCAUGCAUGUACAGGAGUAUGGCUCUGACUGCCCACCUCCAAAUACCAGGCGUGUGUACAUAUCGUAUCUAGAUAGUAUUCAUUUCUUCCGACCCCGCUGCCUCCGAACUGCCGUUUAUCAUGAAAUCCUUAUUGGAUAUCUGGAGUACGUGAAGAAACUUGGGUAUGUGACAGGUCACAUUUGGGCCUGUCCCCCAAGUGAAGGAGAUGACUAUAUUUUCCAUUGCCAUCCCCCUGAUCAGAAAAUACCAAAACCCAAACGCUUGCAAGAGUGGUAUAAGAAGAUGUUGGACAAGGCAUUUGCUGAGAGGAUCAUUCAUGACUACAAGGAUAUCUUCAAACAAGCAACUGAGGACAGGCUGACAAGUGCCAAGGAGCUGCCUUACUUUGAAGGUGAUUUCUGGCCAAAUGUGCUGGAAGAGAGCAUUAAGGAACUGGAACAGGAAGAGGAGGAGAGGAAAAAGGAGGAAAGUACGGCAGCUUGUGAAACAACAGAGGGGAGCCAGAGUGACAGCAAGAAUGCCAAGAAAAAGAACAACAAAAAAACCAACAAGAAUAAGAGCAGCAUCAGUAGAGCUAACAAAAAGAAACCCAGCAUGCCAAAUGUGUCCAAUGAUCUGUCCCAGAAACUCUAUGCCACCAUGGAAAAGCAUAAAGAGGUCUUUUUUGUGAUUCACUUACAUGCUGGACCUGUAAUAAACACCCUGCCUCCCAUUGUGGACCCUGAUCCAUUACUUAGCUGUGAUUUGAUGGAUGGACGAGAUGCCUUCCUUACCUUAGCAAGAGAUAAGCACUGGGAGUUCUCCUCAUUACGCCGAUCCAAGUGGUCCACAUUGUGCAUGCUUGUAGAACUACAUACUCAAGGGCAGGACCGUUUUGUCUAUACGUGCAAUGAGUGCAAGCACCAUGUGGAAACAAGGUGGCAUUGUACUGUCUGUGAGGACUACGAUCUUUGCAUUAACUGCUACAACACUAAGAGCCACGACCACAAGAUGGUUAAAUGGGGCCUGGGUCUGGAUGAUGAGAGCAACAGCCAAGGAGAGCAACAGUCAAAGAGCCCCCAGGAAUCGCGGCGACUAAGCAUCCAGCGCUGCAUCCAGUCCCUGGUCCAUGCCUGUCAGUGCCGCAAUGCAAACUGCUCAUUACCAUCCUGCCAGAAAAUGAAACGGGUUGUUCAGCAUACCAAGGGCUGCAAGCGUAAGACAAAUGGUGGCUGUCCUGUAUGCAAACAGCUAAUUGCUCUUUGCUGCUACCAUGCCAAACACUGCCAAGAGAACAAAUGCCCUGUGCCAUUCUGUCUCAAUAUUAAACACAAGCUCCGGCAGCAGCAGAUUCAGCACCGCCUCCAACAAGCUCAGUUAAUGCGCCGAAGGAUGGCUACCAUGAACACCCGAAACGUGCCUCAGCAAAGUUUGCCUUCUCCUACCUCAGCAACGCCUGGUACUCCCACGCAGCAGCCAAGUACGCCACAAACGCCACAGCCGCCUCCUCAACCCCAGCCCUCCCCUGUAAGUAUGUCACCAGCUGGCUUCCCCAGUGCAACAAGAACUCAACCCCCUACUACUGUUCCAACAGGAAAACCUACAAACCAGGUGGCAGCACCUCCACCUCCUGCCCAGCCUCCCCCAGCUGCUGUGGAAGCAGCUCGGCAGAUUGAGAGAGAAGCUGCCCAGCAGCAGCAGCAACUCUACAGGGUCAACACCAUAAACAAUGGUUUACCUCCUGGCCGUCCAGGAAUAGUAAACCCAGCAGUGGGUUCAGUGAACCAGAUGCAGCAGGUUGGCAUGAAUGUACCCCGGCCUAACCCCGUAAGUGGUCCAGUAAUGUCCAACAUGCAACCUGGACAAUGGCAAUCAUCUCCAAUGCCACAGCAGCAAACAAUGCAGCCGGGAAUGCCGAGGCCUGUUAUGCCAAUGCCGCCACAGCAAACUGUAGCUGUGCCAAGAAUGCCAGGUGUGCAACAGCCACCGCGCAGCAUUGCACCGAAUGCACUUCAGGACUUAUUGCGGACCUUGAAAUCACCUAGCUCUCCACAGCAGCAACAGCAGGUUCUUAAUAUCCUCAAAUCCAACCCUCAGCUUAUGGCAGCUUUUAUAAAGCAAAGAACAGCCAAAUAUGUGGCAAAUCAGCCUGGGAUGCAACCACAAGCAGGCAUACAGCCUCAGCCUGGGAUGCAGCAAUCUCAGACUGGGAUGCAGCAGCAAGGUAUGCACGCACAGCCUAGCUUGCAGACCAUAAGUGCAAUGCAAGCAGGAGUCCAGAGACCGAGUGUUCCUCCUCAGCAGCAGGGAAUAGGUGGCAUGAAUCCCCAGGGGCAAGCGAUAAACAUUAUGAACCCUGGACACAAUCCUGGCAUGGCAAAUAUGAGUCCACAGUAUAGAGAGAUAUUGAGGAGGCAAUUACUACAGCAGCAGCAACAGCAGCAGCAACAACAACAACAACAAGGAAGUGCUGGCAUGGCAGGAGGGAUGGCAGGGCAUAAUCAGUUUCAGCAGCCUCAAGGACCUGGAGGUUAUCCUCAAGCCAUGCAACAGCAACGAAUGCAGCAGCAUAUAUCAAUACAGGGGGGGUCCAUGGGACAGAUGGCUCAGAUGGGACAGCUGAAUCAGAUGGGCCAACCUGGCAUGGGGGCAGAUGGCACCUCCAACAUUCAGCAAGCACUGCAGCAAAGGAUUCUGCAACAGCAACAGAUGAAACAGCAGAUAGGGUCCCCAGGCCAGCCUAAUCCCAUGAGCCCCCAGCAGCAUAUGCUCUCAGGACAACCACAGGCAUCUCAUCUCCCCGGCCAGCAGAUUGCCACGUCCCUCAGCAACCAGGUGCGAUCUCCAGCACCUGUUCAAUCUCCCCGGCCCCAAUCCCAACCACCACAUUCCAGCCCGUCACCAAGGAUACAGCCCCAACCGUCACCUCAUCAUGUCUCUCCCCAGACUGGUUCCCCCCACCCAGGACUUGCAGUUACUAUGGCUAGCUCCAUGGAUCAGGGACACUUGGGCAACCCAGAACAGAGUGCAAUGCUUCCACAGUUAAACACCCCAAACAGGAGUGCAUUGUCUAACGAAUUGUCUCUGGUUGGUGAUACUACAGGAGACACACUAGAAAAAUUUGUGGAGGGUUUGUAGCAUUAUAGGAGCAUCACUUUUUUCCUUUCGUGUUCCUGGACAUUUUGUACUGAAAAUUCAGACAUCUAGGUUGUUUUGAAUCCUAGAUGGAACUGCUACUUCCUACGCAUGGAAGAAUGAAUUGCUGUUUAAAAAAACAAUACAAAGAAUAUAUUUUUUGUUAAAGCCAGGCGGUUAACAUAUCUGGUCUCUUUUGUGGGGUUUUUUGUUUUUGUUUUUUUGGGUUUUUAUUUUUUUUGUUCCUGUUGACUCAUACCUUUUUUUUAAUGGGAAAACAAGUUCAUUAUAUUCAUAUUUUUAUUUGUAUUUUCAAGACUUUAAACAUUUGUGUUUAAAAGCGAAGAAAAAUAAUAUUCAGAAACUGUUUCCUGAAAAAUGCAACAUUAUAAUGUAUCCCGAUAACUUUGACAUGUUGCGGGAAGAUUUUUUUCUAUAGUGAACUCUGCAGGCAUUUGAAGUAUUACCCCUGGAAAAAAUAGGAAUUGACUCUUGCACACACAAAUACACACAUUGGCUAAUGCCAAAAUCCUUGUCUUGCAGAUGUAGAAAUUGUUGCUUUGUUUCUCUGAUAAAACUGGUUUUAGAUGAAAAAAAAAUAGGGAUGAUCACUCUUAGACCAUGCUGAUUUCAAUAGAGAAGAAGCAUUCUUUUCUUUCAUUCUUUCUUCUAUGUGAAACUUGAAAUGAGGAAAGCAAUUCUAGUGUAAAUCAUGCAAGCUCUAUAAUUACUAUAAAUAAGAAAAUCCAAGAAGAUUCAAUCACUGUAUAGAAUGGUAAAAAAAACAAAAAAAACCUCAUUUCUUACUUAUAUAUCAUAUUGUUAAAUAAACUGUGUGCAACAGACAAAAAGGGUGGUCCUUCUUGAAUUCAUGUACAUGGUAUUAACACUUAGUGUUUGGGGUUUUUUGUUAUGAAAAUGCUGUUUUCAACAUUGUAUUUGGACUAUGCAUGUCUUUUUUCCAUUGUAUAUAAAGUAUUGCUUAAAAUUGAUAUAAAUUACUGAAGUUUUUAACAUGUAUUCUGUUCUUUAAAAUCCAUGUAAGAAUGUUUAAGGUUUUUAUUUAUUUAUAUAUUUUUGGGAUCAUGUUCUUUGUAAGACAUGGCUAUGAAUAUUCACUCAUUACACAGAAGCAGCCAGUGGCAUUGAUAGGCGAGGCACGAUACAAGGAGUACUGUCAGUAGCAUGUCUGUUUUACCACACCCUUUAUCGAUUGUUUCCUUUUUGGGGAAGGGGAGAGGAAGAGAAUCUGUUCCCCAUACAUUUAAUACUUACAGGCAUUCAUCCAGAAGGGUUAACUGGAAUAAAUUAUUAACAGACGUUGCUUUUUUAAAAUGCAUUGAAUUUAGAGAAGGAUCACCAUUGGAAGAGAGAGAGAAAGUACUGAGUUAAUUCUAGGCUAAUUUAUUUAGUCUAUAGCAAAAUAUGAACAUAAUAUGAACCUAUUGACUUUAACACUAUUUUUCUGCUGUUAACUCCAAGUCUAGAUUUGAGGGUUUUCUGUGGAAUAAAAAUAACUAAUCAUGUACGUGUUCCCUCUAAUAUCCUGUCGUCAUGCCCUGAUGUUCAUGGGCACAGUCCACCACCCAGUAAAUUACUUUCUUUCUGAAUUUAAAACUGAGGAAACUCUCCAGGUUUAGGAUGUGAAAGUUAAAUCCACCGUUAGCCUAGGAUUACAACACCUUAAAUUUUAGUCAUGUGGUUUGUGAACUUCAAAGGGGAUUUGCAGCAAAUCUAGAAGAAUACCCCCUAACCCAUGGUCUGGUGUUGCUCCGGUUGGGAGCAUCUGGCUUGCUUGGCUUUUUACAUGAAGUUAACACUUCCUCCAGUAUUACAUUUUUUUUUAUUGGGACAGUGUUUUAAGGAAAAAAAGCAAAUGUAUUAACUUCUGGAAGUGGAAGAACUUUUUGCCCCAUACUGUGAAAAUAGUAGUGCACCACAGCACUGCUUAAUCUUUUUUAAACUGUAGAGGGUCUCUGCUUAACUUCUUCUGCAAAUCUAAACUGUUGUACCAACAUCACCAUCUUUGGACUCACCUUCCCGUGCAACUAUCUUCAGCAAUCAAGAUGUCAAAAUUCUGGGCUGGGGUGAGGUCACUGAACACUAACCCAGAGCUUGUCCAAAGGAAAUUGUUGUAAAAAGGAUGGAAAGCCCUGAUGCUGUGUCUCAUGCUGUAUACAUAAAAGGAGAAAAAUACUAUAUUUGUGAUCAAAAAGAGGAAACUUGAAAUGUGCUGGUGUUUCUAAUAAAAGCUGGUAAAACUG